UUGCGGUCAGGCCGGGCAGAGUCAUCCCGAGGGGUGGGUCCUCCGGCAGCAGAAAAGGAAAACCCACCUUUUUUCAUUGUUAAGGACGCGGUGGAAUGUGAUGGUUUGAUCUGAAACGGGCCAGGGAGGGGAAUAUCCGAGAGGAAAAGGACCGACGAGAGCGCAUUCGGGAAAGGGGGGAAACCAAAAACGCAGAUCCCCCUGUCGCCUCCAACUCUCUGGUCUUGUCUAAGAAUAUAUGGAUGAACUUGUCCUCGCGGUGUCGGCAACAGCGAGUCCUAUCGUCCGCAUGAACUCAUGAACCGUGGGAAGUUGUGGAUUUACCGUAGCGUUUUUCUGACUCGGCGGUGGAACCGCUAAGGAUGGAGAGUUUGCGGAGAGGAGCUUAACGUGCCACAGACAUAAGGAUUCAAAUAAAAUAAAUAUGACAGAUUUGCCUGCUAAACAUCGCUCUGAGGGAUCUUCAAAGUUUUAAAGUGACAGUCACGUCAAAAGAAAACAAGACAGACCGCAGAGAGAAGAGUAUUUCCUCAAGAGCCUGAAGGACUUGCUAUCACUACCACACAAAUGUGGACCUCCCAAAACGCUGUCAUCAAAUAAUCUGAGCAACAAAACAAACACACCCAAUAAAACAUAAAACUUGGUAGCCAUGUCUGAUCAUAAAGACAUGACACAUCGCCACUUGCGGCACAAGCUGCAGAGUCUUGGCCGAAGGCUGGAUGAACUUGAAGAAGCCACCAACAAGCUGCAGAAGUCUGAGGAUGAGCUGCUUGACAUACAGGACAAGAUUAUCCAGGCAGAGGGCAGCAACUCAUCUCUGCUUGGUGACGUGGAGGCCCUGAGGAAACGUCUCCUGAAGAUCCAGGGUAAAGAUGAGGAGGUACGCAAAGCUGAGGACCUCUGCCGCACAGUCAGAGAGAAACUGGAAGAGGAGGAAAAUCUCACAAAGGAGCUAAAGGCCGAGAUUGAACGCCUGCAGCGGAGAAUGGCUGAACUGGAGAAACUGGAAGAAGCUUUUGGGAAAAGCAAGUCUGACUGCAGCCAGCUCUGCCUCAGCCUCAACGAGGAGAAGAACUUGACCAAGAAGCUGUCGUCUGAGUUGGAGUCUCUCAAAGCCCGUUUGAAGGAGGUGGAGGGGUCUGAAACAAAGCUUGACAGAGCAGAGCAGGCUUUGGCUAUGGAGCUUGAGAAGCUCAAGGGAUUCACUCAGACCUUUAUGAGUGAGCGUAAGAGGCUACUAGAGAAACAGAGAGAGGAUGAGAAGAUUAUUCUAAAGCUGACAGAAAAACUGGAGCACCAGAAGAAUCGCCUCGGCAUGUCAGCGGACCCUGGCAGGGCAGAUUUCAUGCGGUCACGUAUUGAAGAUGAGCUGUCAUCUACGGGGCUCCUUACAAGUAAACUGGCUGGACACAAGAAGAACCUUGACUACUUCAAGUUGCCUGAUGACAACAUCAGUCUUGUGAAUAAGUCUGAAAAUCAGAAGAACAGCAGUCUUGAGGGCUCACAGGAGGAGGACAACAAAGUAAAGGAGCUGACGCAGGAAGUAGAGAGGCUGAAGAACCGCCUUAAACAGUUGGAGAUAGUUGAGGGGGAUUUGAAGAACUCGGAGUCCAAAAAUGACGAACUUCAUGAGAAGUUCCAGAUGGAACGGAACCGGGCUCGCCAACUGAGUGAGCAGGUGGAGCAGCUCAGGACGCAGCUGUGCGGAAAAGGUGGGAUUGGAGGAAAUGGAAGCAGUAAUGUGGAUAAACACGGCAAUGGAAGCAGUAACAUUUGCCCCAACAGUCCUGCUAACGUCCUGGAGAACGGCAAAGCUGAGAAUGAAGAGAUUGUGAAGGGCGGUUUCAGACAGGAGAAGCCUAAAUACAGGAGUGCUGCAGCUGUCUCAGAACCGAGCUCCCCCAAACACAGGAACAGGGAGCUCUCUCCUCAGCAUAAGAGAGAGACUAAGCUGAGGAACAAAGACCUGAGCCACUCUGAGGAGAGCUCACCGAAGUCUGUGAGGAGAGCCCUCAGUCCUGCUCACAAGAGCAGGAGGAUACCCAAAACUCCAACUACUGCAAUUUCGUCUGAUAACGGAAUAAGAGACACAGGAAGAGGAACUGAGGAGAAGACGAGAGGAGCCGCAUACAGCUCUGUAAAUACAUCUUCUAGUGAUAUUAAAAAGGUGUCUGUUCUUAGUCGCUACCCUCCAGCCGCUAAUGACCAGAAGCCACUGAGGACAACCCACAAACAGACUGAUGGGGAGACAAAAAAGAGCAGAGUAGAAAAGUUUUCAAAAUUGUACGUAGGUAGUGAUAGCGAAUCAAACAACUCUGAUGUAGUGCCUGACAGCUCCAGUAACAUCAACAGUAUCUCUGCACUCGAGAAGGACACAGCAUCUGCCUCAGAUCAGGAAUCAAUAGAUCAGGUUCAGGAAGCUGUCUCUGUAGCCUCCACCCUGUCCAAAGCCAAUGGAUCAUACACAGCAUACAGAUCCCUUGUCACUCCUCUGCAGGCCAAUGACCAGGGGUCAGAGGGUCAUUCCUCUGCCUCAGAAACAGAAUCUACUGGUUCAAGGCCCUCUGAACUAGAGCCAGUGACUGAGACAACUGCGACAACUGUAAGCAGUCGGACUCCAACCUCCAGAUAUCCUAGAUACUCCCAUGUCCAUGACUCACAUUCAGAGGGCUCCUCUUCCAGGAGCUCUUUCGAUGAGGAGCUACACAGCAGGACACAGUUAGCGGAGGGGGGCCACCAGGGGCCCACACAUACUCCGUCAGGGAUUGAGAUCCAGCGAGUGUGCAGCCCACGUGAGGCGCUGAGGUCAAAAGCUGUCAUCAAGCCUGCCAUUGUUGAGAUUGACAGGAAGGAAGUGAUGAUUUCAGAACCUCUGUCCACCAAUGGCAAACCCAAAAUCUCCACCAAACCAAUUGUGACCACCACUAGUAAAAUGACCAGUAGUAUAACUAUCUACCCCAACGACCCAAGCUCUUCCAGAACCAGCAGCCGCAGCAGCAGCGUGUGCAGUGAGCCCAUGUCUGUCAAAGAACGCCACACCUCUACUAGUAACAUCCUCAUAGGCCCCAGCAAUGAGCACCAUGGCAGUAUUUCCGUCCCGUAUGAAAUCUCCAUCCCCAAGAGUGAGAUCACCUUGCGACCAUGCCAGGACCAGGAUUGUGGGGCUGAUGACCACAGCGAUCCCUCGUCAAGGUCCAAACUCCACAGCACCUCCAGGGUCGAGACCACCACCAGCCAUCGGUGCUGCCAACGCAGCAACUUCAGCCUCCAGUCCCCAGACACCAUGUCCGCAGACUUCAAUGACACAGAGUCAGGCUUCGAGAGCAGCAGCAGCAGUACCACUACAGUCACCAGCUGGAGGACCCAAAGACAAAGCCAGCACUCCCAAGAAGACAGUUUACCAGACAUGAAGAAUGUGACUGUGAGAAGCACCUGGAGGAAUAAAGGCACUGUGUCAAUGGAUGAGACGGGCCGGGGAAGAGGGGCCGCCAGGGCGAUGAUGGAUGGUGGGUCUGAAGACGAGACAGAAGCUGCAACAACAUGGAGGGCUUACCGGGCAACCACUUUCGACACUGAAGAAACUAUAAACAGUGGCACUGGAGCUGGUGGGAAUGCUGCAGCACAGAAGGGAGCCAAGCCGUCCCCUGCAGAGGUGUACAUGCGUAGGAUUAACAGUGUGGUUACUAACACUAAAGAGGUGGAGGAACCAGUGCUUCGCAGAGGCAAGCGUUCUCAGUCUCCUUCUAUGGACACAGGAGCCCUGGGGAGGACCAUACCCCAUGCACCUGUGACCUCUCAGUCCUGGGGCAGAUCAUAUGCACAUCAACCACCGGCUGCUGAUAGCAUAGAUCCCAGUCCAAACCCGAGCCACAGCCCGGCCUCUUGGAGACGACAGCUACCCAGUAGCGACUCGCACCACCUGGGGAGCUCUUAUGACCGGCCGUCGUCCAAGACUGCAGGAGCCUCUUCCAGAGGAGGGGAGCUGUGGUCCAGUCGGGGUCAGGGUUCAGGGGCCAGAGCAGAGGGAAGGAGCGGAGGGGGGAGCCGACCAUGGAGCCAUCGUCAGUCUGAUUAUCAUUAGACCGCUUGGGUCUGAACAGGAUUUCUGAAGAGGACAGCACUCCAUUAAGCUCUCAAUGGCAAAAGCAAAGCCAAACACCAGUCUCCCAUCAACUAAUGGCUACAACUAUUACCACCAUCUCCAACACACAGCAUCUGCAGCUUUUAUUACAAGCAAAGAAAAGAAAAAUAGCAGUUGCGGCCAUAUAGAACAACAAACCACAGAUCUGAACACCCCCAAGCACACACCGAAGAUGUUCACAUCUCUUCCUAUCCGGAACUUUUCUCUGUCCCAAAAGAGGCAGAAAUGGAAAGACAGUGCCUGUACAGCGUUGUGGAACGUCGCCUCACCAGCCCUGCGUAUCCUCUUCUGCUUCUUGUGUUGGAUGUAUUAUAGUGUAAUCCCCAAAUUUGACAAGGGAGAGGCUGGCAUGCUGGGGACGGCUGGAGAUUUUCCUGCGUGCCAGAGAGGGUUUAAAGAGAGUUAGAGGAAGAGGGACUCGAACACUGAGAAUGCCUUUCUCAGAGGACCAUUAUAGCUGGAUAUGACGCUUUUGAAUCACAGUUUUCAACCUGUCUCGAUCGCUGAAAAACAACCCGAGCAGCAGUACGAUGUUAAAGAUGUAUCUUCAUCUCACGGGGCUGGAUCUUCAUGCAGAAAACUUCACAAUCUUAACCUUAAAUGUGACCAAAAACAGGAAGCGAAUUACCAAUCAUCUCAGCAGACCCAUAUCAUAACAUUCACUCUUUCUUACCAAGCUCAUUUUUGCUUUGACGAUUCAGUCAGACCAUCUGCUUUUCCUUAUGAUUUUCUCACACAUAUAUACACAAACACACGCACAAACAACACAUUUCUAACUUUAGGUUUAUUUAUAACUGGUGUCACCACUUGCUGGCAUGCAGUGACCUCAAACUGGAUUUAAUUUGGGGUCUUAGAUGUUGAGUGAACAUUUGCAUGUUUCUAAGUAAUAAAUGAAGAGCACUUGAAAAGAUUGUGACUCAGCAUGCACUCUGCUUAAAGGAUUGCUGGUUGGCCGCAUUUUAGGAGCACACACACACACACACACACACACAUUUGCGCGCAUGCACACACACACACACACAUAUUAUUUCUGACAGACCGGGACCUUAUUUAUGCUUUUUGCCAUUUUCCCCAGUUGUUUUGAUUUUUUUGUAAUUCGCUUCCUGUUCUGCAUCAUCCUUUCCCUCUCUGCUCAACCAUAUCAAGACAAAAAAGAUCGUAGUUUGCACGUAAUGAAAUGCAAUGCACAUGUAGAAAAAAAAAAAGAAUGAUUGGGGGUGGGGUGGGGGGACAUUGUUUAUAACCUCAAACCAUGCUACAAUUUCCAUGGUGCUUUGUUUUACAGCUGUUCCAACUGUUCUCAUUCAUGUAUUUUGAGAGAGCCAUAGCAAAAUGGAGUUUCUGUUUAAACUGAACAUUGGACUUCGGAUUACCAGCAAACCUGGCCUGGCAGGGCGGACAUUUUUUCAGUGCUGCUGUAAAUACUGUGUACACGCCAGCCAGUCAUAGGAAAGACACAAGAAGGUUGGACGUUUAACAACAAGGAACUGACAGUCCAGCCUGUUUGUGACUGGGUUCGCCGUGCGAAUCGUCCCAGCUUUUCUCUGUUUCUUACUUCUAUAGAGGUGUAUUAUUUUGUUACAUCAUAAAAUAUCAACUUGUGGUUGGUAUGUUGGAGCAAUCUCUCAUCGGUGGGGGCCAUUGCAGCAAUGGGGGUGCCAUAGAAACUGAUUUAGUGGUGGCCAGUAAUAAAAUAAGUUGUUUUCAUUGAGGUAAGUGGUGCGUAUCUAUGACAGAAACCUCACUGACACUGUCGAACUUUUCUGUAAAGUUUGAGUCUUUCAAUAGGCUCCUGCUGGAUUUUAGGUUUAAAACACAAGAUUAACUGCAGUAUGACAGACGAUGUAAACUUUGAUCCCAGAGCAAAAUGUGUGAAUGUCACUAAGAAAUGCAGCUGAAUGACCAAUUGCUUAAAGGCUUGAUGCACCAAUCCAACACAACAGCGUUCUUUGUCUCCUCAGUCUCCUAAAUGGCAGGCAAAGUAACACAACCAUAACUGUGACGACUCUGAACACAUGGGAUCUGCUGAAGAACUUGGGACUUUUAAAGCCUGCUCUCCAUCUGGUUGUUCUGCUGUUAUGUAUUUUCAGUGCUGUUGAGUCAGACCCUGCUGGGGGUGGGGUGGGGUGAUCUGUUUCAGUCUUAUUACAUUUCUCAAUUCUCCUGUAAUCUACCAGCCGCCACCUAGCUGUAAUAUUUAUUAGUCUCCGUGUAUGUGCAGGUUCUUUUAUUGUAAAGAGGUCUGCCUGGUGGCAGGAGCCUGCUCUGUCGCCGCUUUGUCACUUUAAUGUUUAUGCAAGCAGGAGAUUAUAUGUAAUCAAACUGCCCUCCCCCACCCCCACGCAAUGUCUGUAACUGUGUCAGUCACCAUACUGAUCAUACAGAUCACAGGUGGUGACAGUGUAGUGAUAAGUCCAAACUAAAAUGUUUGUUUACCUUCAGAACGCACAUUUACACUAGUGUUAAUUUUCAUUACUUUUACCCUUUGCUAGAAAUAUUAACAGUUCAUCUGUGCCUUGAGAUACAGUAAGAAAAGCAGAUUGUCCCAGCAAGUUUAGAUUUGCACCAUAUUAAUCAACCUCAACUUCAAGUAGUACUGAUUGUAAGGUUACAUUUUUUUUUAAACUUCAUAUAUAUUUUUGACAUUUGAAAUGAUUGUCAUGUGGAACAUUGUAAAAGUGUUUUGGUUCAAGCAGGAAUAAGACGUUCGCCGAGGGAACUCCUCCCUCAGGGACGUCAGAACAAGGUUCCCUGAGAAGAAGCAAUUUUUUCCCUCUAACCCAGCUUUAAAGUACCCUUUUAAAGAAUAUAGACCGCACCGCCCAAAAAGCUAUGUCCUUUAGUCCUCUAGAUUUGUCUGUCAGAGUCACAGGGCGCAGCUCAGCCUCAGAAAAUAUUGCCAUGUGGCCUGUUCAUGGCCACUGCUGGCUUCAUGAUAGAGCAAGAACAGACCAGACCUACUGUUCAGAGCUCUUAGUGCUCAUGCCAAGACUUGAUGAUCAUAUAGUCGUUCUGUGCUUUCUCUGUCAUUGUUUCUACUUCCACUCUUCUCAUUUACCAAGAGAAAAUGCCAUCUCUUCCCCAAUCUCUCAUCUUUUUAACCAGUUCCAAUUUUCCUUUUAGUAUUUCAGAGAAGCCAAAUGUCCCUUCUUCCUCUGUUUGUCUGCACCUUCCUUGGAUUCUCAUUUCCUAAAGGGAAAGCCAUGGUCCGAAACAGUGGUGAUAUGUGUUGUCGGGAUAAGGGAGUUGUUUUAUUGAAGGCCAGCGGCCUGUCACCAGAUGGUGAUGGGCAGCUCCCUGGGUAGCUGAAAGGUCAGAGGUCAGGGCUGCAUCUAAUCCUGUCUCUACGUCUUGGCUCAGGGCUUCUAAAUACAGGAGAGGAAGACGGACAGCUUGGCAGUGAUGUCCACUUUAGGGAUAAUUAAAACGGACGAGGGUAUCGAAUGUCUGGUUCUGCCGGCACUCGUGCUGCCAGAGAUACAUGUGGUUGUGCAUCGGCGUGUGGUGUUAUUAAUAUGUCAGUGAGGGCUCUUGUUCAAAACUGCUGUGUUGUAAGCUGCUGCAGAUCCCUGAGCAAGAAGGUGCUGAAUGACAGAUGUGCACGUGUGUGUGUCAGAGUUGGCGUGCACAGCCUGGGAUUGUUUUUUAUUUAUGUUUACGGCUGACAUCACUGUGGGUCAGGAUUACUGUAUAUAGCAACUUGGUGAUGCAAGUGCUAACACCAGUGCCCUCCUCGGCACUAAUCCUGCCUUACUGCCUCCUGUCACUUCUGUCCCUCCACCCAGUUAAAUGAUUCUCUAUCAUGCAGACAAUCUUAACAGUUUCACCCGUCCUUACUACAACUAAACUGUGCAAUCUCUACUGUUUGUGUGUCUCUUUCACUCUCAUUCAUCCUUUGCUUUCCUUCCACCCCCCACCCCACUCUGACUACUUACUUCAGUCGGGGGUCGCAGGAAGAGCCCCAGCUGUCCGAACCUGUAUGUUUUAUGACAUGUCGGAGGGUUUUCCUCUCGGAAAUGGGCUUCAAAGAACGCAGGGACUUUUUAAAGGGCAAAGUUGAAACUCCAUCCUCCACUACGCACGCUGCCUCUCUUCCUUACAAGGCCCUAAAGUACACUAACACCGCCGCUAACCUGACCGUACCUCUGCUCCGUCCAUUGAAACCUAGCCGGACUCUUCAGAAUAAAGACCAGUUGUGACUCACGGGCACUGUGCCACUACUCACAUGUUACAGGUCUUAUUCCUUGCUUCCAGUGGCGAGAGCCUUUGUAGCGUUGACAUGGUGGAAUGCACUGACUGGUCAUCUGGGACUCAAGUGAAGACUUUACAGGUUUCUAGGCUUCUAUGGCUUUUGUAGCGCUGUAAAGAAACAGCUGGGUGCUGUUUCAGAGUUUGUCGACUCCUCUGAUCUGCGAACGAUGGCAGCAUUGCAAACCGUUCUGUAUCUGAAUCUGAAUCUGUAUGAUAGCGCGUUGCUAGAUCAGAAUGUCGGUCAUGGCUGUGGAUAAUGUGAUUGAAAACUCCUACAAGGAGAAGAGGUGGUUAAGCAGUGGAGAGAAAAAAGGCUGCUUCUGCUUCUCCUGCUCAAAUUCCAGCUAAAGACUUAACAGAAAUCCCCUAAAGCUCUGCUGGUGUAUGUAUAAACAUCCGUUAUUUACAAGUCAUUGUUUUUUCCCUUUUUAUAAAGUAGACUAGAAUGUACUUAGUGGAGAUUGGAGUGGCUCGGCAGAAAUGGCUCUGGGGCAGCGAGCAGGCCCUUUCCCUCAAAGGCCUCCAUUGUGAAGCCAGGGUCAUGGUGUCAUUGGGUGGCGUAGGCUGUAAUCUGCACUUAACCAGCACUUAACUUUAAGACCUCAAACGACUAAUGCCCCCUUUAGUCCCCUUUGUCAAAAAGUUUCCUCUUUUGUGUCCCAGAAAUAAGUCUGUUUUCAGUAGCCGUUUGCUGAAUGUACCACCGUCAGUCAGAUGUGUGAGUGUGAGUGUGUGUCUGUUUUUUGUUGUUAUUUUUUUUUUGUUUGUUGGUUUUUUUUGCACCAGCCAGAUUAGAGUCAUUUAAGAAUCAUCCCACCAGUUCAAAGAAAGGAAAUUGGCGCGCACUCAGCGAAUGAAUCAUGUUUGAACAUGUUUCUUGAGGUAUGGCACCCUGUUAAUGCCUGUAUCUCAGCCUUCUAAUAUAGUGCCAAAAUCAUUCCACAGUAUUUCCAGUUUACAGUGAGAGACAGUGCCAAUGUUUCCCCAGGAUGGACACCCUGUCUCUAAGAUACUGAAAUAAAGGGGAAAUAUUCAAUUUGAGGGGGUUUCUCUUUUUUUGUUUUCUGCUUAUGUAUGUUUUUAUUUCUUUGUUAAACAAAAGAUGUCUUAUUUUGGAAGCUAUAUGGGAUAGAUUUUAUUUAAGGAAAAUCUUGUAAUUUUGUAAAGUGGGCCUUAUUAUUGAAAUAUAUUAAGUAUUUGUCCAUCUUGAUUUUAAGAAUGAUAUUUUUUUUUUGCAAGAUAAUGUAUCGUCCUCGUUGUUAUUACACUCCUGGAGAGUACUGCUUCCUGUAUUUUGUGUUUGUUAUUUUAAUGCGCGACAUUUCUCACGACCUGGAGACACAAUGACACGACAUGGAUGAAGAGAGAGAGAGAGAGAGAGAGAGAGAGAGCGUGUUUAAAACCGAGAGAGAGAGAGAGGCCAGGAUUGUGUCAUAUUCAUCGAAGAAAGAGAGCUAUGUGCAUUUUAUCAGAGCUGAGCAGGUCUGCAGUGCUGAGUGGUUCACCAUGUGUCGUCCCGUUUUGUUUUUUUUCUUUCUUUCUUUCUUUCUUUCUUUCUUUUUUUUUUCCUUUUUAAAAUUGGGGCCCAUUCAGCGCUCCGGCCUCUUCGCUGCUCUGUUCUCCCUCACUCAUAAAUUCAGGGUUUGUACAUCUUCUGUGCUGUAUGUUUGUAAAGUGCUGCCAAAGAAAGAAGCAUACAGGCCCCAGACACACAUGUAUAUAUAAACACACACACAUAAUCUAAUAGGAGUAAUGUAAUAGGAAUUAAAAUAUGUCAUGUAUAACUGGAUCCCAUCUCUCUUACACAACAUACAUGCACAGACGCAAGAAUUUCAGGCCUGUACAAUCAACUGUUUUUAAUUCUACUGUGUGUAUAACUUUAUGUGCAGAAGAAGGAGACUAACAGACAGAGGUGUCAAACACUAAAAUGUAUGUAAUGCAAUCAGAUCAAAAGGGUUUUAUGAUUUACUAUUGCUUCUCAGUGUGUCAGUAAUGCCAGGUGGACUGUGUCGGGGGAGGCUGUUCUUUUUUUUUUUUUUUCUGUUUUAGACUUAAUACAUUGUGCAUGUUUUAACCUUACUGUGGCUGGCGCACUCUGCAUGUAGGUCUCUUGAAGCUGCCAACUGUACAGCAGACCAUAUGUAUUCCAAUAAAAAUAAAAACCAACCUGUUUGUAA